AUGUCCGUCAAACUCCAUGCUCCGUCCGGCAGGAACUCGACCGCUUCCUCAUCGUCUGGCAAUCCCUUGACCCGUCAGAACACCAUGUCUUCCUACGAUGGCUCGCGCUCGACGCGCCAGUCAAAGCGCUACUCUAUGUCGGCACUGUACAUGUCAAUGUCAGCAAAUGAGGGCGAUCUGCAAAUUGAGGAUGAGCUCGCAAAAGCCCAAAAAGUUCUGCGAGAACUGAAGUCCAAGAUCUCAUCUCAGUCCAAGAAGAAUUUCGUUCUCGAGAAAGAUGUUCGAUAUCUCGACUCCAGAAUCGCUUUGUUGAUCCAAAAUCGCAUGGCUCUGGAAGAGCAGCACGAAGUCGCAAGCCACCUCGAAGAUGCUACCGAUAUGCAGGAGGGGUUUUUCCCCAACGAUGACAAGACCCAAAAAUACGGGAACUUGCUCUUCCUACUCCAGUCUGAGCCAAGGCACAUCGCGCACCUGUGUCGCUUAGUUUCCAUGGCCGAGAUCGAUUCGCUUUUGCAAACCGUCAUGUUUACCAUCUAUGGAAACCAAUACGAAAGCCGUGAAGAGCAUCUUUUGCUCACCAUGUUUCAGUCCGUUCUUACCUACCAAUUCGAACAUACUCCCGAUUAUUCUUCUCUUCUUCGAGCGAAUACCCCCGUAUCACGAAUGAUGACAACAUACACGCGCAGAGGACCCGGCCAGAGCUUCCUCAAGUCUGUUCUUGCUGAGCGCAUUGACAGUUUGAUCCAGUUGAAGGAUUUGGAUCUCGAAAUCAACCCGUUGAAAGUUUAUGAGCGCAUGGUUGAACAGAUUGAGGAGGACACCGGGAAGCCACCGCCGGAUCUCCCUAAGGGUAUCACCGGCGAGCAAGCGGCUGAAAAUCCUCAGGUUCAAGCCAUUAUCGAGCCGCGUCUCACAAUGCUAACUGAGAUCGCCAACGGAUUCUUAAACACCAUUAUUGAAGGCCUCGAGGAGGCCCCGUAUGGUAUUCGAUGGAUCUGCAAGCAGAUUCGAAGUUUGACCAAACGCAAGUAUCCCGAUGCAAACGACCAGGUUGUCUGUACUUUGAUCGGCGGGUUCUUCUUCCUUCGAUUUAUCAACCCAGCGAUUGUUACGCCCAAGUCAUACAUGCUCAUCGAUGGUGUUCCAGCAGAGAGACCUAGAAGGACUCUGACCUACAUUGCUAAGAUGAUCCAGAACCUGGCGAACAAGCCUUCAUAUGCCAAGGAGCCAUAUAUGGCGAAACUUCAACCAUUUAUUCAAGCCAACAAGGACCGUAUCAACAAAUUCAUGCUGGACCUGUGUGAGGUACAGGACUUCUACGAAAGUCUAGAAAUGGACAACUACGUGGCGCUUUCGAAGAAGGAUUUACAACUCGAUAUCACCCUAAACGAAAUCUACGCGAUGCAUGCUCUCAUUGAGAAGCACCACUCCGAGCUGUGCAGGGAUGAAAACUCUCAUCUAUCAAUCAUCGUCUCUGAACUUGGCCAAGCUCCUGCUCAGGUGCCUCGUAAAGAGAACAAGGUCAUCAACCUGCCCCUCUUUAGCCGCUGGGAAACAGCGAUUACUGAUCUGACCUCUGCUCUCGACAUCACACAAGAGGAAGUGUACUUUAUGGAAGCCAAGUCCGUCUUUGUGCAGAUUAUGCGAUCCAUUCCUUCAAGCAGUCAAGUUGCUAGGCGACCCUUGCGAUUGGAAAGAGUGGCAGACGCAGCUGCGACAAGUCGCAACGACGCUGUGAUGGUCCGCAAAGGUAUUCGUGCAAUGGAGCUGCUCUCACAACUGCAGGAGCUUGGGGUGAUUGAUAAGAGCGAUCAUUUCAGCCUCCUGCGUGAUGAGGUUGAGCAGGAACUCCAACAUCUUGGAUCCUUGAAAGAAGGCGUCAUCAUAGAGACACAGAAGCUCAACGAGGUUUACAAGACUAUCCGCGACCACAACACGUAUCUGAAUGGUCAGCUGGAAACCUACAAGAGCUAUCUACACAACGUCAGAUCCCAGAGUGAGGGAACGAAGAGAAAACAGCAGAAGCAACAGGUUCUUGGACCUUACAAGUUCACACACCAGCAGUUGGAAAAGGAAGGCGUCAUUCAGAAGAGCAAUGUCCCAGAUAACAGACGGGCUAACAUCUACUUCAACUUCACGAGCCCUUUACCGGGCACCUUUGUUAUUUCUCUUCAUUAUAAGGGCCGAAGUCGGGGUCUUCUGGAGCUCGACUUGAAGCUCGACGACUUGCUUGAAAUGCAAAAGGAUAAUCAAGACGAGCUUGAUUUGGAAUAUGUUCAGUUCAACGUCCCCAAAGUUUUAGCUUUGCUAAACAAGCGAUUUGCUAGGAAGAAGGGCUGGUAA